ACUCAUUCUCUAUCCUGUUGCCCUGUGAAGAGGUGCCUUCUGCCAUGAAUGCAAGUUUCCUCAGGCCUCCCUAGCCAUGUGGAACUUAAUCUUGACACAGAAGAGCUCUGUGAAUAUUUUUCUCAGCACUUGGGGGAGUAUGAGAAUGUACUAGCAGCACUUGAAGACCUGAAUCUUUCCAUCCUGAAGGCAAUGGGCAAAACAAAGAAAGACUACCAAGAAGCCUCCAAUUUGGAACAAUUUGUAACUCGAUUUUUAUUGAAGGAAACUCUGAAUCAGCUGCAGUCUCUCCAGAAUUCCCUGGAAUGUGCCAUGGAAACUACUGAGGAGCAAACCCGUCAAGAAAGGCAAGGGCCAGCCAAGCCAGAAGUCCUGUCGAUUCAAUGGCCUGGAAAACGAUCAAGCCGCCGAGUCCAGAGACACAACAGCUUCUCCCCAAACAGCCCUCAGUUUAAUGUCAGUGGUCCAGGCUUAUUAGAAGAAGACAACCAGUGGAUGACCCAGAUAAAUAGACUCCAGAAAUUAAUUGAUAGACUGGAAAAGAAGGAUCUCAAACUUGAACCACUGGAAGAAGAAAUUAUUGAAGGGAAUACUAAAUCUCACAUCAUGCUUGUGCAGCGGCAGAUGUCUGUGAUAGAAGAGGACCUGGAAGAAUUCCAACUUGCUCUGAAACACUACGUGGAGAGUGCUUCCUCCCAAAGUGGAUGCUUGCGUAUUUCUAUACAGAAGCUUUCAAAUGAAUCUCGCUACAUGAUCUAUGAGUUCUGGGAGAAUAGUAGUGUAUGGAAUAGCCACCUUCAGACAAAUUAUAGCAAGACAUUCCAAAGAAGUAAUGUGGAUUUCUUGGAAACUCCAGAACUCACAUCUACAAUGCUAGUACCUGCUUCAUGGUGGAUCCUGAACAACAACUAGAUGUUCCUAGACAUUUUCUUUAUGGUUCCAAGUGCAAAACAGGUGUACUUAUCUAAAACUCAGUUAGAAAAUUAUCUGUGGUUGUUAAUCUACUGUAUAUUUUUGUUUGGUAUAUUUACUAAGUGCACUCUUUCAAAACUUAUUCUAUAACUUUAUUAAUUCAUGUGAAUUUUAGCUCAAUUUUCAAAGUUCACUAAUAUUCUCAAUAUUUAAUGCUAAAUGCUUUGCUACAUUGUAACUCACCUAAAACCUUUUAGUGACAAAAUCCUAAUAUGUGGAAAAAAGCAUAUGCAUAAAGGAAUAAUAUUGUGAAAAUGAAUCUGUUAUGAUAAAGAAAAAAGAAAGUGGAAACUUUUAGAGUAUUACUUCAUAGGGCAGAUUUUGUAAACUGUUGUAUACUGUAAAGGGUUAAAUCAGCGUUUUGUGAUUUUUUUUUUUAAGUAACAGAUUUUCUGUGAGUGAAGUUUAUUCUUCAACAAUGUCUACUCCAUCCCCAACCCAACUCACAGCCCUAUGACUACUAUCUUUGCAUUAGUUAAAAAGUUAGUAUAUAGGCAUCAAACAACCUUGGCUCUAACCUAUAGAAUCUCUAUCCAUGUAUCAGGUUAUAGACUGGUUUUUCAAAAGUGAACAAUCCUGUGAUAAGUUGGAGUACCAUUUAGUAAUACAGCAACAUUGUGUCAUUUAUUAGCAUCAUAAUUCCUUGUUAUGUAAGUUAAAUAUAUCAAGAAAGAAGAGAUUAUUGCUUUGGAAAAAUGUGGUUCAAGUUUUAUGCUAUAUAGUUUUGGUAUGCGAUACAGACAGCUAACUUUUCUUAUGAAAAAUACAUAUUUGCAUGUAAACAAUGAUUUCAAAAUACUUGAAAAAUAAAAUUUUAACCCAAAUGAGUAACUAAGAAAUAUAAAACAAGCACAAAACCUUAGGGAAGUCAUAAAACAGUAGGGAAAGUAUUAGACAGAAGACAUCUGUUUUCCAAUUUCAACACUAGAAUGACUAAAACUAUCUACCUAUAGAACUAUCUGUAGAUAGUAUACUAUCUAUAAUCUGCUCAACAAGCUCAGAAAUUAAAUAUUUUUAAUAAUAAAAAUCUGUUCUGGUUAUAAACCCUGCUAACGAAAAUACAAUACAUAUAAAAAUGUAUAGCCAUGUUAUUUUCUAGUAUAAAUUCCUUUGAAACUAUAAGUCUUUGGGGAAAAAUAUAAGGUAAAAUUUUCCUGUUUUUCCCCUUUGAAAAACUCAGGAAAAAAGGAAGAUUGAACUAAUAAAAUUUAAUUUCUUAAAUAUAAAUUUGACCUAAAAUAUUUUCUCAAACUAAUUCAUGAAACAGCAACUUUCACCAAUACCUUUGUAUAUUCUCAGUUCUCAUUCAGUAUAAAUAAAAUUUUAAAAUCCUUUCAUAGUUCUAUUAGAAAUAAGUGGUAAAUUUUGAUAUAUUAUACAUAUACACGUGUGUGUGUGUGUGUGUGUGUGUGUGUGUGUAUUUGUGUGCCUCUGGUCAACUCAAGGAUGACAGACACUGUGUAACAACACCUGGGUCAACUCUUUUAAUUUAUAUACAAAGCAAAGAACAACAUUAAUGGAGAUAUACAUGAUUAUUCAAACAAGCUAUAUAUAUGUACAAAGGCAAAUAGACACAUAACAGUCUCUGCAGACUGAUUGUAUAUAGUAAGAAAAGAUCAAAAGACUUUAAAACCUAAAUGACUUUUGACAUACAAACUCUUCUUGAGACUGUUUGUUGUAAAUGGUUUCAAAAAUACAAAUUAUAGCCAAUCAAAACAUUGCUUUGGUUGGUCCAUUUAAGUAUCCAACUCAAAAAGCAUAUCAAAUCUUUUGAGUACUAGGCAGUUUCCAAAGUAGCAUGGUAGUAUUACUUGUUAAAAGGGUUCUGUUUUCAGUAACAGUACUAAGUGGAAGGGAUCUGCAGAUUCCAAAUUGGAAUAAGCUCUAUCAUAUUCUGAAACAAGAAUUAGAAUGACUUGAGAAUGGGCAAAUAAUAAAGCAAACCAAUAUAAUUAUAUGGUCAUUCUGACCCCAGCUCUUAUACAAAUUAUACAUGUAUUUUUGUGUAUGUUUGUGAGAGUUGUAUGUAUGUGAAUGUGUGUGAGUGUGUAUUCACAUACACAUAUAUACUGGAACCUAUAGUAUAAAAGGAAACUAGUAGGGCCA